AUGGCCUUGCAAAAGAUUGCUCUGGUGACCUGCAGCACUCGGGAGCCACGACUCAAUCCAUUCAUCACACAAUAUGUCAAGAAAAUCCUCUCAAAUGAAAAAUGGGAGGGAAAGCUUGAAAUAAUCGACUUGGAGGCACACUCACUGCCUCUCUACAACGAGCCCGCCAUCCCAUCGCAUCUGCCCUCAACCAACCCUACACCACACUACGUCCAUGAGCACACACGUGCAUGGUCCAAGACCGUCCGACAAUACGACGGCUUUAUAUUCGUGACACCACAGUAUAACUGGAGUAUUCCAGCAAGUCUGAAAAACGCACUGGACUAUCUAUAUUGGGAGUGGAACGGCAAACCCGCCGGGAUUGUCACAUAUGGAGGCAAAGGAGGAGGCAAAGCAGGAGAUCACCUACAACAAAUCCUCACCGGGUUGCGAAUGAAAACCGUGUCGAUUAUUCCAGGUUUUCCCGUUGGAAGUCACACAAUGGAUUCUUGUCUGAAGGAGAAUGGUAUCAACAAGGAUGAUCAUGAGGUCUGGCAAAGCCGCGGAGUUGAAGAGAAGGUUCGUUUGAUGUUCCAGGGGCUGAUUGAGAACUCGAGUUUCCAGUAG